UUCCCAUUCGAGUGCGAAACCCGAUUUGACUGCGACGCGAACUACUCAGGCAACUACGACGCCUUGUAGAACACUCAAACAGUUCCGCGACCAAUCCCUACCACUUUCACCAGUAACUACCCCUCCUCCGCCUCCAAGAUGAGUGGUGGAUGGAAUACCAUCGAGUCUGAUGCAGGCGUCUUCACCUACCUGCUCGAGAACCUCGGUGUCAAAGGCGUUCAGUUCGAAGAGCUGCUCACACUCUCUCCCGAUGAAUUAGCACCGCUGCAGCCAAUCUACGGCAUCAUCUUCCUCUUCCGCUACCCUUCCGAAGGCCUGCCCGCGCGGCCAGCCGAUUCCUACGAUCGCGAUGCCGCCGAGAGUCUCUUCUUCGCCCAGCAGACGAUCCAGAAUGCCUGCGGCACGCAAGCGCUACUGAGUGUCGUCCUCAACAAGACCAACGAGGUGGAGAUUGGCGAGAAGCUUGGCGAAUUCCGUGAAUUCACCAUGGUCCUGCCUCCCGAGUUCCGCGGGGAGGCGCUCAGCAACUCUGAGCUUAUUCGCGAUGUACACAACAGCUUCGCCAAGAGCAGUCCCUUCGUCGACGAGACUCAGAAGACGGGCGAGGCCGAGGAUGCCUUCCACUUUAUUGCCUACACGCCCAUCAACGGCAAGCUCUAUGAACUGGACGGACUGCAACCUGCGCCCAUCUCGCACGGCGCCUGCACGACCGAGGAGUUCCCGACCAAGGUGACGCAGGUCCUGCAGGAUCGCAUGCUUACGUACGCCAGCUCUGAGAUUCGGUUCAAUGUGCUGGCCAUGGUACGCGACCCGAGAAUCGCAGCCAAGGAAAUUGGCGAUUCCGAGACCCUGGAGCGAGAGAACGAGAAGCGCCGCAACUGGCGAUUCGAGAAUGCCCUGCGUCGACACAACUUUGUCGGCUUCGCAGGCGAGGUUCUGAAAGGUGUUGUCGCCCAGAAAGUCGAGGGUGGCGAUGCGGCGUAUGAUGCUUGGAUCAAGGAGGGCCUUGAGCGGAGGAAGAGGGACGAGGAUGCGGUGAGGUUGAGACGAAAGAUGGGCGGCGGCGGUGACGAGGACGACGAGAUGAUCGGUUAAACAUGUCAAUGAUACCAUGAAUAGAAGCGGGAUUACGUUUGGGUUCAUCUGGGGAAGGUGUUUACGCGUCGUGAUAGCAAAUGAAGCCAUGAAACGCAGUUUGAACCUGGCCUGGAAGCCGACUUGGCCGUUUCAUUUGGUUCGUUUCGUUUGGUUUGCAUUGGCGUUCUAUUCCCGGAUUCUGAUAAACAAGUUGGACAAAAGCUGAUUGACCGCAGACAUCCGGUUGGCAUCGUCGCCUUUGUGAACGAAUGUUCAGUUCGCCCUGUAUCAGUACCAUCCUCUGGAGGUUGAUGAGGCUCUGAUCGUCACUCUUUGCGUCCAUAUUUGUCCCCCGGCUCCAUUACCUGGUGCUACAUUACGGUCACUAUAGCGUCUUUGUUGAUCAUAUGGAGGCCAUCGUCCUUCUGGCCUAUCUGGUCUUUUUGGCCUCGACAUUGGUGAGCGACUCGGGAGGCUAGACCUGCU